GAAGGCCCUUUUUUCCCUAUUAAUUCCACAUGAGACGUAACCCCAGAAACAAAUAAUUCGAAAUUCAUCACGUCACAAGUGACAUAAUAUUUUUGUGAAUCUAUUUCGUGAACAAUUCCAUCUACAUUUUUUUUCGAAAUGCUCCAGAAUCCGCUGCUGAGGAACAUGAAAAUAAAGCAAGUGAUAACGGGUCAGCGUUCGACGCCACGACUAACGAACGCUUUUGAAAAUUUCAGUUACAUCCUCUAUUCGCACAUAGCGGCCAAAUCGCUGCGAUUAACUCUGAAGCCGGAGCAUCAGAAGCUGGCCAAAGCCCGGGAAUUGUCCUCUAUUCAAAUAUACACGUACGCGAACGGCCGCCGGGGACCGGUGUUUGAACCGCUGAAAGUCACUCCGAUAGACCGAAAGAGAAUCUAGAGCGAUAACAGCCAGAGUAAUUGAUGUGUAAAUAUAUUAUUCCAGUUGUAUUUAGUUGUCCUAACAGUUUAACUGUGCUGGUUUUAUUAUUUCAGUAAAUUUCGG